AUGACGCCUCCGAUAGACGACGAGGUGCUGGUGGUGGUGGUUGCGGGCGUUGUGUCUUUGAAGGGUGUCUCGUCGUGCGGCGCCGCAGUCACGGCGCCGUCAGCGGCCGAGUUCGCAGGCGCUUUGGACUGCAGCACGGGCGCGUCAUCAGUGCACACCGGCCGCACCGCUUCUACGCGAGGCACGGCGAAGCGCCGUGGACCUGCCGCCGCCGCCGCCGCCGCUGCGUCAUCGGACUUCAUCGCGGCUGUGCCGGCGACGCUGAUGAGCUGCCCCAGAGGUCAGCGGAACACGCGACGCCCGGCGCCAACAUCGACCGCGGCCGGCGCCGAACUCCCGCUGGCCCGUCCCCGGUCCCAAGCGAGAAUUGGCAGAGCAGCGGCAGCAGGAAAUGCCUGGGAUUUACGCAAAGUGACGCGGCCCAGGAGCCGGAGCCCUUGGCGUAUAACGAGGGCGACUCGCCCGGGGGCUGGGGAGGCACGGCCGGCUGAGCUACGGCUGGUGAAACAACGGCGUAACGACGCGCGCUCCGCGCCGCGCCGCGCAGGUAACCGGGGGCCGCGAGGCGGGGGUGGCGGCGGCCGCGUGAAUAACGCGGGGGCGUUGUGGGUUGGUGGUGGUGGUGGUGGUGGUGGUGGUGAUGAUGAUGGUGGCCUUUAG